UUCACCAAAAUGGCAUCCAAACGGCCAGACUCCAGCCAAAGAGGUCCCAUUGAUUUGAUAAAAAGAAGAAAAUCUGCCGCUGCAGGCCAGUCUAAUAAAGAAGAUGAAAACGGCAGCUUUGUUGAUGGUGCGAUAGUGCGCGUGAAGAUGCGAAAUUUUGUGACGUAUGCAGAUUGUGAGUUCAAGCCGGGUCCACAUUUAAAUGUGCUUCUGGGACCUAAUGGUACUGGCAAAUCGUCUAUAGUCUGUGCAAUCUGCCUAGGGCUUGCUGGAGCAACUAAGCUGCUUGGCCGUGCAACAGAGGUUAGAGACUUCAUCAAACACGGAGCAUCUCAAGCCCUGAUAGAGAUCGAGCUACACAAUUCAAUCAAAAGGAAUCACAUAAUAACAAGGGAAAUGUACAGAAAUGAGAAUAGAUCCAACUGGAAAAUUAAUGGAAAGGCAUCAACAAUGAAAGAGGUUCAAGAGCUGACCAAAAAGUUAAAUGUGCAAGUUGGCAACCUUUGUCAGUUUCUUCCCCAGGAUAAAGUGCAAGAAUUUGCAAAGAUGUCUCAGCAGCAACUUCUGGAAGCCACAGAGAAAGCAGUUGGACCACCAGACAUGUUUGAUAUCCAUCAAAAGCUUAUUGAACUCAGGAAAGAAGAAAAAGAACUUGAGGUUCUCCUCAGAAAUAAUAAGGAACAUCUUGAAAAACUGCGACAGCAAAAUGAACUUCUGGAGCAUGAGGUCAAAAGACAUCAAGAAAGGGAGCGUCAUUUACAAAAAGUGCAAAUUUUGGAAAAGAAAAAACCUUGGGCUGAAUAUGAGCAAGCCCGAAAGAAGUUUGUAGAAAUUAAAGGUGAAAAAGACAUGGUGAAAAGAAGGCUUGAUGGAGUCAGAAAGCAAAAUGAACCAAUGCAGAAACGCCUUGAUGAAAUAACAAGAAAAGUGAGACAGCUUGAAAACUCCACCAGAGAGUUAAUGGAAAAAGGCAGUGAUGUGUUGAAAAGAGCCAAGUCAAAGAGUGAACAAAUUGAGAGGAAAGGAGAUGAGAUCGAUAACCUGCUCACAGAAUUGAAAGAUCUGAAAGAUGAAGAAAAGAAGAGACAAAAACGAAUGAGUGACCUGGAAAGGGUAAUAGAUGGACUGCAGAAUGAACUGGAGAAUCUACCAGACCCAUCUCAAUUGCAGCCUCUUAUUGAUGAAAUCAAUGUUGAAGCUCGACAAAAGAACCGUGAAGUGAUGACCAUGCAAGGGCAAGCUCGUAGCAUCAAAGAUGAGGCAGACAGCUUGAAGGCUCAGGUUCAAGACAUUAAGAGCAGAAUUUCUGAACUUGAAGACAUGAAGAAUCGUCGCUUGGAGCAUUUGCGCAAUAGAUUUAAAGAUACAUAUAAUGCUGUACUGUGGUUGCGGGCAAAUCAACACAAGUUUCAAGCUCCUGUCCAUGAACCAAUUCUUCUACAGGUUGAAAUGAAAGAUGUGAAGAAUGCUAAAUUUAUUGAAAGCGUUAUAAACCAGAAUGAUCUACGAGCAUUUGUUUGCAGUAAUAGAGAUGACUUAACACUAUUUCUAGAUGAGGUACGUGACAAACAAGGGCUAAGGGUCAAUGGAGUUGCACCACCAGACGAGACUUUGGAAAGCUUCAAGUCAUCACGCUCCUUGAAAGAUAUAGGGAAGUGGGGGUUUUUCUGUUAUCUAAAAGACUUGUUCACUGCUCCUGAUGAAGUAAUGCGGUAUCUGUGCCAUCAAUAUCGUCUUCACGAAAUUCCUUUAGGGAAUGAUUGGACAACCAAGAAUGCAGAUAAGGUGAUUAACGAAUCAGGUGUAACAAGUUUUUACACCUUAACCUCAAGGUACACUGUGAAGCGCUCGUUAUAUGGCAAUCGGGAGAGAUCAACUGUAGUUGAUCAUGUUAGAGAUGCCAGGCUGUUUAACAUAGCUGUUGAUGCAGAGAAGAAAAGACAACUUGAAUUGGAACAACAGGAUGUCAGCCAUCAAGUACAGCAAAAAAAUGAAGAAUAUAAGAACUUAAGUGAGAGAGAGAACAGUUUACAUAAGGAACUGGAAAGUCUCAGAAAUAAAAAGAAAGAAUUAACCUCACAAACACAAAGGAGAAGAAAUUUAGAGAACCAGCUGGCAGCCAAGCAAAAGAACCUGGAAACAAUGCAGAAAGCAACACCAGACUUAGAAGGAAAAGCAGAAACAAUACAGCAACAGAUUGUGAGGAUCAAUCAUCAGAGAGCACAACUUGCUAUGGAAUAUAAAGAUUUUGUCCGGGAAUGCACCACAGUUGCCAAAGAGAGACUGGUGCAGAGUCUGCAACAGGUGCAAACCACUAUUGAGAAAUCCAAAGUCGAAGAUAUGUUCAGGGAAUCAUCACAACAGCUGAAUAAACUAGAGGGAGAAUAUCUCAAAAUAAACAAUACCUUAGAUAUGCAGAAGAAAUUGGCUAAGGACUUGAAAAAGGUUGCUCAUGAGAAAACUGGAAUUCCUGAUGGAGCAGAUAUACCUGAUGAGCUUAAAGAGGCAUUUAAGCUGUACCCUGAUACACUUGAAGAAAUAGAUGAGAUGAUCCAUGAUGAGAAAGCUAGAAUUGAAUGCCAAUACCACAGCAACCCACAGGUGGUUAAAGAGUAUGAAAGACGUAAGAAGGAAAUAAAUGAGCUCGACAGGCAGGUUCAGGCACAAGAAACAGACAUAGAGACUAAGCAAAGAAAAAUAACAAGUCUUAAAGAAAGCUGGCUGACACCUUUACAAGAGUUGGUUUCACAAAUCAAUGAAAAGUUUGGAGAGUUCUUUAGAAUGAUGGGCUGUGCAGGAGAAGUUGCCCUCUCAACAGAACAGGGUGAAAACAACUUUGAUAAAUAUGGUAUUCAGAUUAAAGUGAAAUUCCGUGCAAAGGACAGUCUCCAUGUUUUGACUCCAUUCCAUCAGAGUGGUGGGGAGAGAAGUGUCUCAACCAUGUUAUAUUUAAUGGCCCUACAGGAACUUACCAAAUGUCCCUUCAGGGUGGUGGAGGAAAUCAACCAGGGCAUGGAUCCAAACAAUGAGAGGAGAGUUUUUGAACUUGUGGUUGAGACAGCUUGUCGACCAAACACCUCCCAAUAUUUCUUAAUAACUCCCAAGCUUCUUCCAGACUUGACAUACAAAGAAAAGAUGACUAUCCUCUGUGUUUUCAAUGGCCACUAUAUGGUGCCACAUACUAAUUGGAAUAUUGGGAAAUUUAUUCAAAGGAAAAAGGCAUUACAGAGUCAAAGUUAGAUAUCUUUGUGUUGGCUUUGAUGCCACACCAGUGAAGAUAAAUCGUGUAAUUGUUGACUUUUCAGAAAAUUGAUAUUGACAUGUUGCAUUGCAUCACAAGUGUAGCUUGUAAAUGUUUUUGUUGUUGUGAAAGGAUGAUUGAUGCCAAAAUCUGAGAUGGUAAAAAGUUAGAAUAUUGCAUUGGGUACUGAACCUGCUGGAAAGAGUGAAUGGUUAAGCAGAAAUUCUUUUUUCCUUUAUUUGUGUAUACUUCAGUCAAGAGAAACAGUAAAGUAAUUUAAUUUAGAGCUAAGAGUUACUCAUUUGCAGCUGUACCUGUGACCUCCAAUUCGAGUUUUAUUACGAUUAUUAAUAAAAUGUUGGAAAUUUA